UGUGUGUGUUGACUCUGCUGCUGCUCCUGCUGGAUCAGAGAACAUGGGCCAUGCCUGACGGGCAUUGGGACACCUGGGGAUCCUCUCGAUGUAUGCCUAUCCCGUCCGGCAUGGCCUUGUGCCAGGGGCUAGGCUACAACAUCAUGCGAAUGCCAAACCUGCUGGGCCACCAGUCGCCUGGCGAAGCCAUCCAGCAAAGCACCAGCUGGCUGCCCCUCCUCGCCCGCGAGUGCCACCCAUACGCGCGCAUGUUCCUCUGCUUACUCUUUGCCCCUGUAUGCCUUGAGAGGAUAAUUUCUCCAUGUCGAAGUUUAUGCGAGUCUGUUCAGGAAAGCUGUGCUCCCAUUAUGAACUGCUAUGGGUACUCUUGGCCCAGAAUCUUGCACUGUGAUCAAUUUCCCAAGGACCAUCUGAUGUGCAUCUCCUCAGCGACACACAUGCCAAACAGCACUAACAACAAAUACAGUGCAGUGCCAGAAGCUAGCUGUCCAGACUGUGAGUUGGAGGAGACAACAUCAGUCAAAGUAUUGCUAGGCCUCUUCUGUAAAAGUGACUUUGUGGUGAAAGUACGUUUAGCACAGUCAAACUCCAGCACCUCGGCAAUAGCUAAAUUCUCCCAUGGUUCUCGGCUGGUGGUCUUUAAGCAUGGCCCCUUGCUAGGAGGGGAAAUGAGAGGCAGGCUGGCCACGUGGCUAGAGCGAGAUGCCACCUGUGUGGGCAACCUCAACCGGCAUCAUCCUCAAGGGGCCACCUUUCUUCUGACGGGCACUGUGACGGGUGAGAGGCUACUGGUAAACAAGGCUUUCAGCUGGAGCAGACAUCGACGGCAACUCAACCAAGCUUCCCGUAAAUGGAAACAUCACCGGUGUAGAGGGUAG